GCGGGGCUCUCCGGGGAACGCUCUGCUCCCGGGGGACCAUGGCAAAGCGGGUGGCCGUGGUGCUGGCUGGCUGCGGCGUGUUCGAUGGCAGCGAGAUCCACGAGGCUUCGGCCGUGCUGGUGCAUCUCAGCCGGGAGGGGGCUCAGGCUGAGGUUUAUGCUCCCAACAUCCCCCAGAUGCACGUGGUGGACCAUGUGAAGGGGCAGCCAACGCCGGAGCAGCGCAAUGUCCUGGUGGAAAGUGCCAGGAUAGCCAGAGGCAACAUCAAGGACCUGGCUACGCUGGAUGUCAAGGGGCUGGAUGCCCUCAUCAUUCCAGGUGGCUUCGGAGUGGCAAAAAACCUGAGCACUUGGGCCACGCAGGGCAAGAACUGCAGCAUCUCCAAGGAGGUGGAGGGUGUCCUGAGGGCAUUCCACGCCGCCCACAAACCCAUCGGGCUCUGCUGCAUCUCCCCAGUGCUGGCAGCCAAAAUCUUCCCGGGCUGCGAGGUGACCGUGGGACACGACACGGAGUGUGAGCAGUGGCCUUAUGCCAAGACUGCUGAGGCCAUGAAGGAGCUGGGCUGCAGGCACGUGAACAGCCAGGUGAGCGAGGCCCACGUGGACGCCAGGAACCGGCUGGUGAGCACCAGCGCCUUCAUGUGCAACGCCCCCAUCCACCACGUGCACGACGGCAUCGGCAACAUGGUCAGGGAAGUGCUCAGGCUAGCCUGAGCUCCCCCAGGCACCCGGCUCCUCUCCCUGGAUAACGUCCUUCCCCUCCCACAGCAACAGCAGAAGCGACACUCCAGCUCUGUCCCCGAGCUCUGCUGGCUGCUGAGCAGGGACAGUCCUGGA